AUGUCUCCCUCAACGACCCGUAAACGCGCCAUACGCAUCGCAGGCUGCUCCGGCGGCUUCACCGACCGCUCAACCGCCAUAACGCGUAUGGCCAGCGACCCCGACGUCGACGUAGUAAUGGGCGACUGGCUCUCGGAAAUGACAAUGACCCUGCACGGCAGCGGCAAAGUCAAAAACCAAAAAUCAUCAAAACCCAGCACCACGACCACCACGACAAACGGAUCCCAAACGCUCCAAGACCGCAUGAAAACAGCAAUGUACGCAGAUACCUUCCUCCAAUGCUUCGAGCCCGCAAUCCCGCAUCUCGUGCGCAACAAGACCAAACUCGCCGUCAACGCCGGCGCAUCUGAUACCCAGCUGCUCGCUGAAGUCGUUGUUGAUCUUCUCGAAAAACACGGUGCGAGCCAUUUGAAAGUCGCGUGGAUAGAAGGCGAUGAUGUGACGGAGCAGGUGCAAAGUCUGAUCAAAGAUGGCGAGCAGUUUGAGAGUUUGAUGCAUGGGAAGAAGCUGGAGGAGUGGGGUAUGGAACCUGUUUGUGCGCAGGCGUAUCUGGGGGGGUUGUGUAUUGCGGAGGCGUUGAGGGGGGGCGCGGAUAUUGUUAUUGCGGGACGGGUGGCGGAUGCUGCGCCGGUUGUUGGGGCUGCUGCAUGGUGGCACGACUGGCGAAACGAUCAAUUCGAUGAACUCGCCGGAGCACUGGUAGCAGGGCAUUUAAUCGAGUGCUCGAGCUACGUUUGCGGGGGGUACUACUCCAUGUUCAAAGACCUUAUCAAGACGGGGAAGCAUGUAAACAUGGGUUUCCCAAUCGCCGAGGUCGAAUACGAUGGCACUUUCAACAUUGCAAAAGAGAAAGACAGCGGCGGCUGCGUAACAAUCGGAACAUGCACCUCGCAACUCCUCUACGAAAUCCAAGGCCCCCUCUACUACAACUGCGACGUCACCGCCAACCUCACCCACAUCCGCAUGCACCAAGUCUCCGAAGACGUCGUCCGCGUCACAGGCGUGCAAGGCCUCCCCCCGCCUCCAACCACGAAAAUCGGUAUUACCGCCCCGGCAGGCUGGCAGUGCGAAUGGCACAUGUACAUGGCUGGUCUGGACAUUGCUGAGAAAUGCAAAGUGACUGAGGAUCAGAUUCGAUAUGCAAUGGGCAAAAACACAUCCCGCUUCACAACCCUCCGCUUCCACGCCAUCGGCUCCUCCCCCUCCAACCCCUCUUCCCUCGACGCCUCCACCGUCGACUUCCGCAUCUUCGCUCAAACCCGUGACGCGGACCUCGUGCGCCCAGACGUCCCCGACGCAUUCAACCGAUGGUGUCUCGAAGUCUUCCUUCAAUGCGCCCCAGGCCUCUCGCUCACAAACGACCUACGCCAGGUAGUGCCGAAACCGUACUAUGAGUAUUGGGUUGCGUUGCUGCCGCAGACGCAUCUGCCGUUGCGCGUGCAUAGUUUGUACGGGGAGAAGGAAGUGAAGGAACUCGAGGCGCCGCGGGUUACGAGGGAGUAUUCGCGACAGCAGGAUUCGUAUGAGACUUCUGAUCCGGUUGACCUUGCGGCUUUUGGUCCGACGACCCAGGCGCCGCUAGGGGCGAUUGUGGCGGGGCGCUCGGGGGACAAGGCUGCGGAUUGUAAUUGUGGGUUUUUUGUGAGGUAUGAGGAUGAGUGGGAUUGGUUGCGCAGUUUCAUGACAGUCGAGCGGGUGAAGGCGUUGUUGGGGCCCGAAGAGUAUAAGGGAGGGAGGAUUGAUCGGUUUGAGAUUGAGGGGAUUUGGGCGGUGCAUUUUUUGUUGCAUGAGCAGUUGGAUCGAGGGUAUAAUGCUAGUUCCGAGAUUGAUACCUUGGGGAAGAAUGCCAUGGAGUAUAUGCGGGCGAAGACGGUGGAGAUUCCGACAAAGUUUUUGGAGAGAGGGUGGAUUUGA